AUGAAAAUCCCACCUUCCCCUCCUAAAGACGCAGUCAAAUUCUGCGAGUUCAUCACAUCAUCGCCUACACCAUUCCACGCAGUGUCCAACUUAUCCUCUAAACUCCUCGCAAGUGGGUUUAAACCUAUUUCAGAAAGAUCACCGGAUUUGGAUCAAUUACAACCUGGUUCCAAGCUAUUCUACACCCGAAACCAAUCUUCCAUCGUCGCGUUCACACUACCUUCUCAUCCCAGUAGGGAAACUUCGAUAUCAUUCGCAGUAGGACACUUGGAUUCACCAUGUUUGAAGGUCCGACCUGUAUCAAAAAGGCAGAAAAGCGGUUAUUUGCAAGUCGGAGUGGAAUUGUACGGAGGAGGUAUUUGGCCAAGUUGGUUCGAUAGGGAUUUAUCUCUUGCUGGAAGAGUCAUCAUCUCCGACAAGUCUGCCAACGGACCGAGCUAUGUCUCCAAACUGGUCAAGAUUGAUAGACCGUUAUUGCGAAUUCCAACUUUAGCUAUUCACUUGGAUAGAUCUAUCAACGACGCGUUCAAGUUCAAUAAGGAGACUGAAUUCUUACCUAUCUUAGGUCUUGUGGCUGAUCAACUCAAUGGUACUGGUGCCGGCCAAGGUCCAUCCAGGACAGGUACACCUCAGCCCUUCAGUGGGCAUAGUACACCGAAAGAGAAUGAGGAGGAUGUAGCGAAGAUGGAAAGUAAGCAUCAUCCCUUGCUUUUGGCUGUACUGGCCGAUGAGCUGGGAUGCGAGGUUGGGGACAUACAGGAUUUCGAAUUAUCAUUGUACGAUACUCAACCUUCGACUGUUGGCGGUCUAUCAAACGAGUUUGUAUUUAGUCCAAGAUGUGAUAAUCUGAUGACAUCAUUCUGUUCGAUCGAAGGUCUUUGUGAAGCAGCUGAAUCUUCAAGCGAUAACACCAUUAGAUGUGUCAUCCUAUUCGACAACGAAGAAGUCGGCAGCGUAUCUCACCACGGAGCCGAGUCCAACCUCCUCCCUUCAUUCGUAGAACGUAUCGUCUCUUUACCUACCUACGAGAAAAUAGGAUAUCAUAAUCUACUCGCGAACAGUUUCCUCGUAUCAGCAGAUAUGGGACAUGCUGUCAAUCCAAAUUACGAGAAUAAAUAUGAGACCAACCAUUCACCCAAGAUUAACGGCGGUAUAGUCAUCAAGACCAACGCAAAUCAGCGAUAUACCUCGAAUGCCCAGACCACAUUCCUUUUGAGGAGAGUAGCCAAGAAGGCCGGUGUACCUACUCAAGAAUUUGAAAUUAGGAAUGACUCUACAUGCGGCUCAACGGUUGGACCUCACUUAUCAACUCACGUUCGAACAGUCGAUAUUGGUUUAGCACAACUAUCCAUGCACUCCAUAAGAGAGACGGCGGGUUCUCACGACGUUAGGUAUUAUAUCGAUUUCUUCAAGACGUAUUUCGAUGUUGUAAGGGAAUACGAUCUGGAUUUGAAAGUGGACUGA